AUGGAUGGGCCCAUAGAUGGCAGCAAUGGCUUAGUGUUUGGUCCGACACUAAGCGAUGAAAUAUCACCACCAAUUGAUCCCCAAUCGCACCAUUACUGCUCAACGUAUAUCUGUUGCUCAAGAUCUUCGCCACUGAUCGUCGAUACGGAAAGAUAUGAACGCAAAGCCCACGAAUGGCCAGUCGGUGGGCAGCUUCAGCCCUUAGUUGUAUUUAUACGGCAGGAAACGCGGCUGGAGAGUUACCGUCCCUUGUUCCGGCAGCCCCUGUGGGGACCCCCGCAGCCCUACCCCUACUACAGCGGCCCUCAGAUGUCGGGCCCGUACGGC